AUGUCUGUUCUCCCUCAUCGCUUCGGAGCCGCACACAUUGCAGCAUUUGCAUCCACUGUUAGCAUCGCCAUUGCAUUAGAUACGGGAUCAUUGGACCAAGACGCGGGUUCAGGUGGUUCGAAUAACGACUCUAAUGAUGAAAAGGGGGACAAAAAUACUGCAAACGAAGAAAAAACUCCGGCUGCAAACACAGCCAAUACAGAUACCCAGGCUGCUACCAAGAACACAGCUGUAACGGACACCAAGAAAAACACUGCCACGGCCACUCAAAACACAUGGUGGACUCCGACUACAGCCACUGAGACUGCCACAACCAAAGCAACUGCCACAGAAAAGACCACGGGAACUGGAACCACUGGAACUGGAACCACAAAAGACACUGCUACUACUGGAACUGCCACAGAAAAAACCAUUGGAACUGGAACUGAAACCGGAGUCACCUAUAACCAAUGGGGCUUUACAGGUUCCCAGAGAUCAUGGGAACCAACCACCGCUUCAACACAGUCGGGGUCUUCAAGCUCGGGUUCAGAUUCUUCGAGCAAGUCUCAUUCAGCCAAAGAAAAGUCGAGUGCUCGUCGGUUGGUUUCACCUCUUGAAGACAAGGAACUCAGUGUCAAAACCAAAUUGCUUGUAACUGGCUUCAUUGGUAUCACUGCCAUAUUGCAUAUUUUAUAG